UCAUUUUUGUGGUCCACCAAACUUACUCUAAAAUAUUUAUAGUGUGCGUGCGUGGGUCAGUCUAAAUUAUAUUCUCCACCUCCUCCCCAGAUUAACAGCAAGGGUGAUAUAAUUGCUGAACAAAUAGCUUAUAAAUCGAUAACUGAAGUGAUCUGAAAUGGAGUUGUCGUUUCUGUCGAUCACAUUGCCAUCAUUACCAUCAAUCUCCCUCAUCAUAGAGUCUAUACCAACUAUAUCGUCAUUACCAUCACCAACUACUUCAUUGGCUGAUUCAAUCAUAACUACAUCCAUAUCAUCAUCAUUAUCAUCUACAAAUGUCCUACCGUCAGCUCGUGAAUACACUUCAUUGCCAUUCCUAAGUGCAUUCAUCUGGUUUUGUCUGUGGUUAUUCUUUAAAAUCAUGAAUUUGAUUGUUCUUUAUAUCCCCAGUAAGAUCUUAAAACUUCUAUCCACUGAUUUUGAAAUCACUUUAAAUCUUUCCACUAUAUUAUUAUCCUUAACUUUGAUCUUAGGGGUGGGGUUCUUGAUUGUGAGGUAUAAGUACUUAUCUGGUUAUUCAGAAGAUAUCAAGGGGGAAACUAAUAAAUUAAAAAAUGUAUCAUCUGGAGGACCUAAAUUGAAAAACUCCAAAUCAAAUAUUGAUCUCUUUGAUAAUCAAAAGAAAAAGUUCAAAAAGUCAACUUCAAAUUACUUAGAUGAAUUCUUAAGUGCUAUUAAAGUAUUUGGAUAUUUAGAAAAAUCAGUGUUUCAUGAAUUAACUAAAAAUAUGACAACUCAAAAAUUAUCUCAUGAUGAGAUCUUAUACCUUGAUGAAAAACUUGGAUUUUCAAUUGUGGUAGAAGGGGUCAUUCAAGUGUACACUAGAAUUACAAAUGAAACAUCAUUACCCAUCGAUGCUGAUGAUGAUGAUGGUGAUGUGAAUUAUGAGAAGGGAGAUAUGUUGAUAUUAGGUAAUCAACGGUAUCAGUUAUUAAAUGAAGUUAAAAGUGGAUCUCCAUUAAGUUCAUUGAUAAGUACUUUGGAUUUAUUUAAACCGAUUUAUUAUGAAGAUGAAUUAUCAUCGAAUUUAACUAAUUAUAAUAUAUCCACUGAUUCAUUCUCCACCUCUAAAAAUAUGCAUUCAAAUCCAUUGGAUCCAAAUGUAUCACCAUUUGAUAAUAUCAUGAAUGAUUCAACCACCGCAGCUGAUUCAUCUCCUCGUGUGCCUCAUAUUCAUAAUGGAUCGGAGUAUCCUGAAAUAGUAGCCCGACCAAAACCAAUUCAACAUCAACAUCAUCAUACAAAACAAGGUCGUCAUCAUCAUCGUCGUCAUACUCAUGAACCACAAGGAGCAACCAUUGCUAUCAUUCCAUACCUGGCGUUCCAACGUUUACAAUCAAAAUAUCCUAAAGCUACUUCUCAUAUGGUCACUAUGGUACUUACUCGAUUAUAUAAAGUUACCAUGAAUACGAUUCAUAAUUAUCUUGGAUUAACGAAAGAAAUCAUCGAGAGUGAAAUAAGAUUAAAUGAUAUAAAAAGUACCCCCACAGCAAACUUACCCCGGUAUCUUUAUGAUGGGUUACUUGAUAAAAUGUAUAACAAAGGUAAUGUCACUUCAUCGAAUAAUACGAGUAAUGAUACCAGCAAUGAUCAUGAAUUAGAUAUUCCAGAAUCGAUUUCAGAACAUCUUUCUCAUCCUGCGAUUCCACAUAAACUGCAUUUUUCAAAUGGUUCUUCUUCACGUUACGUCGUACUUGAUUCACGUUUGAAAUCAACUCAUCCCGGUGAUUUACUUUCAUCAGUUCCAUUAUCUCGUAAAUCGGAAUAUUAUCAAACUCAUAGUGGUGAAAACCCACCCCCUCCAACUUUAACACCAUCUGAAAGUAGGAAAAAUGUUAGAGUUGCAUCUACCAGUGCUGUUACUAUCGCUUCAUUAACUCCAGAUACGUCAACUAUCAAGGGAAGUACAUCAUCCAAAUUAAAAUUAGAAGGAUUUUCUGAUGAUUAUUCAGAAGAAACCGAAGAAAAAUCAUUACGGAUUGCCAUUAUUGAAAAUAUGUUUAAAUUAUUAGGUAUUAGUGAACAAUCCACUCUUUUAUUUUCCAAAAUUAAUGAUCUCAAUUCGGGUCAAACUUCUCGAUCAUCUUCGAUCGUAGGGUUAUCAAAUCUCAUGCAUCAUCAUAAUGGAAGUAGUCAAGGAAGUUCAUAUGGUGGUAAUGUCGGCAACACACCAUCAAGUCGUUAUUAUGAUCCCUUAACUGGCAGAUUCAGAUUUGAUACCUUAUCAAAUUAUUCAUCAAGCCCAAUCAGUGGAAAUUCAACUCCAAUCAAAGUUUAUAAUACCUUGAAUCAAUCUCAAUUAAUGAAAAUGAAUGAUAGUAGCGCUACAGAAUUAAGUGUUAAUUUUAAUCGUAAAAGCGUUAAUGGUUCAAAUUCAAGUCAUGGAAAUGAAACUAAUUUAAAUACAGUCAAACAUGAAUUUUCAAAAGUAUUACAUAUCAAAUAUUAUGGUCCUAAUACUACGAUUGUUGAACAAGGAUAUUUCAAUUCAGGGUUAUUCUAUGUGAUUGAUGGAUCUUUAGAUAUAUUGUAUAGCCCAAAGAAGACAUCUGAUUUUAGUGCUCAUAAUUCCCAAUCAACUACUAAGAAAUUAUACACUGUCAAGCCGGGUGGAUUAGCUGGCUAUUUAACUUCGAUUGUGGGGUUCAGAUCAUUAGUAUCUAUAAGAACAUCUCGUAAUAAAGGUGCUAUCGUGGCGCAUAUUUCUAAAUCUGAUUAUUCAAAAUUAAUGGAUCAAUUUUAUUUCUUACAAUUACCUGUGGCUACGAAAUUAAAGACAUUAUUAUCGAAACAAAUCUUAACGAUUGAUUAUGCCUUAGAAUGGUGUCAUAUCCCCGCCGGGAAUGUACUUUGUUCCCAAGGUGAUUUAGCUAAUGGAUUCCAUAUUGUUUUAAGUGGUAGAUUUAGAGCCUUGAGGAAUAAUAAAUUUGAACCACGAUUAUCACAUAAUGAAGAUGAGGAAUUCGAUGUCGAAGUUGAUGAAGAUGAUGAUGAAGAUUCAGAUAAUCAUGAUAAUUUAAAUGAUGAAUCCAAUAAUACAAGAGUGAGUAAUGAUGAUGUUGAAGUGUUAGGUGAAUAUGGUCAUGCUGAAGCUAUAGGUGAAGUUGAAGUUUUAACGGCUUCAAGAAGAACUAAUUCAAUUAUUGCCGUUAGAGAUUCUGAAACAGCUAGAAUUCCAAGAACUUUAUUUGAAUUACUUUCAUUACAAGAUCCAUCCGUCAUGAUUAAAGUAUCAAGAGUGGUUGCUAAUAAAGCUUUGAGUAAAGUCAAUGCCCUCUAUCAACUACUGCCUGGUGGUAGAUCAGGUUCAAUUUCUUCAUCUACUGUUCCUCAUAUCUCCAAUGAAUAUAAAACUAUUACAAUCCUUCCUACUGUUGUUGGUUUACCAGUUCGUGAAUUUGCCGAUAAGUUAGUUCAUGCCCUUAAAGCAAUUGGCCGUAGAGUGAUUUCGUUAGAUCAAGCUUCUACUUUAACUCAUUUAGGAAGACAUGCAUUUGAUGAAAGAUUAGCUCAAUUGAAAUUAUCCGGUUAUUUCGCAUACUUGGAAGAAGAAUACGAAACUAUUGUUUAUGUUUGUGAUACACCUUUAAAAUCAAAUUGGACUUCAACUUGUAUUUCUCAAGGAGAUUGUAUUUUAUUAUUAGCUGAUGCUGACGAUGAUGUGGUUGCCACUGGAGUUGGUGAUUAUGAACGUUUAUUAAUGAAACUUAAAACAACUGCCAGAACCGACUUAUGUUUAAUGCAUCCUGAGAAAUAUGUUGAACCUGGAUCUACCAGUAUUUGGUUGAAGAAUAGAUUAUGGGUUCAAGGUCAUCAUCAUAUCCAUAUGCAAGUAUCGAAAGUAAGUGUCAAGGAAAGAGGAACUAAACGUGCUAACAUAAUCAGUGAUUUGGCGGCUAAAAUAAGUAGUAAAACUAAUCCAAGUAUAAAAUUAAGUUUUGAAAAUGUUAAGACAAGAGCGUUUUCAUCAUUUGUCAAAUUGAAUACCGCAUUUUAUCGUGAUGACAAUAAGGUUGUUCAAAGUCAUAAGAAUGAUUUCUUAAGAUUAGCUAGAAUCUUAUCGAAUGAAGGGGUUGGUUUAGUUUUAGGAGGAGGUGGAUCUCGUGGUAUUUCUCAUGUUGGAGUUGUAACUGCUUUAGAAAGACAUGGUAUCCCGAUUGAUUUAAUUGGUGGAACUUCGAUUGGAUCAUUUGUUGGAGGUUUAUAUGCUAAGGAAUAUAAUAUUGUUUCAAUUUAUGGAUGGUCAAAGAAAUUCUCUAAAAGAGUGGCGUCACUUUGGAGAUCUGCUUUGGAUCUAACUUAUCCUGUUACAUCUUAUAUAACUGGUUAUGAAUUCAAUAGAGGGAUUUGGAAAGUAUUUGGGUUUACUGAAAUUGAAGAUUUUUGGAUCAAAUACUAUUGUAAUUCAACCAAUCUUACUAAUUCCACCAUGGAUAUUCACGAAACAGGAUACCUGUGGAGAUUCAUUAGAGCUUCGAUGUCAUUAGCUGGUCUUUUACCUCCAAUCGCAUAUAAUGGAUGUAUGUUAAUGGACGGAGGGUACCUUGAUAAUUUACCUGUCCUGGAAAUGAAGAAAAAAGGAGCCAAAUAUAUUAUUGCAGUUGAUGUAGGUUCGGUGGAUGAUAAGUCACCCAUGACUUAUGGUGAUACCUUAUCUGGAUUCUGGGUUUUAUUCAAUAGAUGGAAUCCAUUUUCAAAACAUCCAAAUGUUCCAACCAUGACAGAUAUCCAAUUACGUUUAGCAUAUGUUGCCAGUGUUAAUGCUUUAGAACUUGCUAAAAAGACACCAGGAGUGAUCUAUUUAAGACCUCCUAUUGAAGAUUAUGCCACUUUAGAUUUUGCUAAAUUUGAUGAGAUUUAUCAUGUUGGGUUAGAUUAUGCCGACAAACUCUUUACCAACUUGGAAAAAACAGGCAAAUUACCGCCUAUAGCAGGUAUGGUGAGUAAAGACAAAACAGAGAAUGGAGAACAAAGUAGAACAUUAUAUAGACGUAACUCUAUUUAGAAAAGUAACGAAGAAAGCAUCGUAUAAUAUAAAAUAUCAUUUUCAGUAUCACCAAAUAAUUUUGCACUCUUUUUUUUUUGCACUCUUUGGAUCAUCACAAUAUCAAUACAUGAAAAAAAAUAAAUAUAUCAUUAAACGAAAUGAACUUACU